UUGCCGGCCCCUCACUCCUCCGGGACCUUCCCCCGGCGUGCGCGCACUUGAGACAGAGGCGGUGAAGAAAGAAGGGGUCCGUCAUGGUGAUCCGAUGGUGUGCAUUUGCAGCUGUGAUGAUGCAGCCCGGCAGCCCUUACCUACUCUCUUCCUCUCUCUCUCUCUCUUUUGGGGGAAUAAUCUGCUGCGCACGUCCAUUUGUGCUCUGCGCUGCACGUCUUCGGCUUCCCACCGGGCUGCAGGAAAAAGCAAAUGGGGACAGUUGCAUCCCGCGUGCGUGCCGCGCGCUCGAUCCUAAUGGUUCAAAUCCGCUCUCCACCGUCUAUCUCUCUCCGUACGGAUGCCAAUUAAUUACCAAGGGGACCGGACAGGGAAGAAUAUCAAAAACACACAGGCUCCAUACGUUCUCGAAGAAAUCAAGGAACUCACGCCCUCCUGGAGAUACGCACGUAGCUGUAGGACCCCCACACACAUGGCAGACACUUUUCGUAACUUUUGCUCGAAAUGGACGAACACCCUCUUUUUUUCUUGAUUCCUUAGAGAUGUCUCUGAUUCCCAAUGGUGCAAGACUCCGAGAUUUGCUACCGUCGUCUCUGCGGAGUAUACCGUACCGACGACCUACAUGGACGCGACUGCACGGGAAGACGGUUCAUAACGUUUUCUACAUUUGUCGGAACAUACAUGAUGUACUCCGUACCGUUCAAAGCUCAGGUGAGAUUGAGAUUGAGAAGAGGCCAGAGAGACACACAGCGUUUGUGGAACGUGAGAAUGGGGUGAGCGGAACGCAAAUAGCAAUACAACUGAGACUAGCUUGCUUCACAUCGUGCAGGAGCUGGGAUUUGCUGUGGUUGCAGAUUACUGUUCCUACAGCUGUUUUUGCUGUCGUUGCUGCUGCUGUUGGGUCGCCUGACGGUCCUUCUCGGCGGUGGUUCCAGAUCCUGCUGGUGGGUUCUGUGCAAUGCUACUCGUACCAUGGUAAUGUAACAGCAGGAUGUGGAGCCUUUUUCUAAGACUUGAGAGUAUGGAAUUAUGUAGUAAUGGACGAAUGUUUGAACAUCAUGUGGCGAGCUGUUUGAGGGUCAGACAUGGAGAGAGAUAAGGCGUCUGGCACGUGGUGUUCUUCAGGUUACACAAAUGAACUUGGCCGUUCGGCAGUUGUUGUUUGUUUACUUUAAUGUUUGGUGACGGGAUGAUCUAGGAAUGCUUGCAUGUAGAGCUGCACACG